AUGGCCACCCCUGCGGGAGACACAACUGGUGGCGGCGAAGCCGGAUCAGGCUCACAGGCGACCCGAGGAGGCAAUCGAAACAGUCGCGGCGGCGGCCGCAGCCGUGGACGCCGAGACGGUCAGUCGCGCGGUGGUGGUGGUGGCGGCGGCGGAGGAUCAUCAAGAAGUGGACAGAGACGAGGAGGUAGGGGAGGAGGCGGCGGCGGCGGCGAUGGAACCGCAGGCAAGCGGCCCACAACUGCCGACUCGGCGUCAGGAGGACAGGCGAGGGACGGAGCUCUUGACCAGGCAAAACAGAAGCUGCCGUCUGCCUCACAACCUGCGGCUGAGGGCGCAGAGGACGAUGAUGCUGAGGGCGAGGUCUGCUUUAUCUGUGCCAACCCGAUCCAGCAUUACUCUAUCGCGCCAUGCAAUCACAUCACAUGCCAUAUCUGCUCUUUGCGGAUGAGGGCGCUGUACAAGAACAAGGAUUGCCCACACUGCAGGACACCCGCUCCCUAUGUGAUCUUCACCGACGAUGCCUCGAAACGAUACGAUGAGUACGGUAAUGCCGACACGACGAGCACAGACGACAACAUCGGCAUAAAGUACACAAACGAGGACAUCGUGGGCGACACGGUACUGUUGCUCCGGUACAACUGCCCCGACGAGUCCUGCGACUAUGCCGGCCUCGGCUGGCCCGACCUGCACCGCCACGUGCGCUCCGUCCACCACAAGAAGAUGUGCGACCUGUGCACGAGGAACAAAAAGGUCUUUACGCACGAGCACGAGCUCUUUACGGACAAGGCGCUCGAGAGGCACAUGCGCCACGGCGACCACCAGCCAGGCGCCGUCGACCAGACCGGUUUCAAGGGCCACCCGUUGUGUGGCUUCUGUGGAGAGCGCUUCUACGACGACGACAAGCUCUACGAGCACUGCCGGAACAAGCACGAGCGGUGUUUCCUCUGCGACCGGCGGGAUUCGAGGCAGCCGCACUACUACCGGGACUACAACGCACUCGAGCAGCACUUCAAGAAGGACCAUUUCAUCUGCCUCGACCGGGAGUGCCUCGAGAAGAAGUUUGUCGUGUUCGAGUCUGAGAUGGACCUCAAGGCGCACCAGCUGAGCGAGCACGGCAACUCGCUGUCCAAGGAUGUCCGGAGGGAUGCGAGGGUGGUGGACAUGUCGUCAUUUGAUUACCGACCGACGUAUCAGCAAGAGCACAGGGGCGGCGGCGGUAGGGGUCGGAGGGAAGGGCAGAGCAGCCGGGGCCGCGAUCCCAAUUCGGAAGCGUUGCCGCCGAGCUCGGCUCAGCCGAUGAGGAGAGACGAGAUCGCCUUCCAGCGACAAAUGGCAAUUCAUUCCGCUCAGUCGGUGACAAGUCGCACUUUUGGCGGACAGCUUAGUUCGUCAGCGUCCGCUGCUCAGCGGCCCAACGCCUCAACGCAAGCAACCUCAUCUUCAUCAUCAGCUGUCCCUUCUAUUCCCCUCGCCGACGCUAUGGAGUCUCUCAACGUCACCGAUGCAGAAAACUUGCCCCCUCAGGAGCGUGCACGGCUCAUGCGCCACGGCGCCGUCGUCGAACGCGCAGCGAACCUCCUCGGCAAGGACGCGGCCAAGAUGACCACCUUCCGCAGUCACAUCUCCUCGUAUCGCACCGGUGCCCUGACGGCGCCGCAGCUCAUCGACGCCUUCUUCGCGCUCUUCGCCGAGACGUCGUCGACGGGGCUAGGCACCCUAGUGCGCGAGGUCGCGGACCUCUUUGAGGACAAGGGCAAGGCCGACGCCCUGCGCAAGGCAUGGCAGGACUGGCGCGCCAUCAACGAGGACUACCCGAGCCUGCCCGGCCUAGGCGGCAUGCACGGCGCCACGACGGCGGACAGCGGAUGGGCCGGGGCUGUGAGCGGAGGCCAGCAGGUUGCAGGGGCGGCGGCGGGCGGCCAGAACCAGUCCAAGCACACGACGCGCGUGCUCAAGCUCAAGAGCAGCACGACGCGGCGCGGCAGCGCGUCGGCAUCGAGCGGGCCCGUGCCCGUCGUGGCGGGGAGCAGGCCUGCGGCGUCGUGGGUCAGCGCCAACAAGCUCUCGUCGAACCCGCGGGCGCCGCCGACGACGGCGUCGUCUGCCUUCCCCGCGCUGCCGGGCGCGUCUGCGUCGUCGAGGGGCGCCACCGCCGCCACUACCGGCCCGUCUGCGUCGUGGUACGGUGGCGUCAGCGGCAGCGGUGCGAGCACGCCCUCGCGGUCGGGCACGCCGGCUGCGGCGGCGGCGGCGGCGUCGGCGAGGAGGCCGCCUGGCCAGGGGGAGGACGCGUUCCCUGCGCUGCCUGCCGCGCCGAAGGUGCAGACCACGAUCUUCGGGUACGGCGGCGGGCGCGGGGUCCGGAGAGACCUCGGCGGGAACCGGGAUACGGGGUUCUCGUGGGGCGGCGGUGGUGCCGGCGGGAGCGCGAGCGGGGCGGCGUCUGAGGCUGAGGGUGGUGGUGAUGCCGACGGCGGCGGUGGCGGUGGUGGCAAGGGGAAGAAGAAGGGGAAGCAGGGCAAGAAGCAGGUUUUGGUGCAGUGGGGGUGA